UGAGACAUGGCGGCGGAAAGUUACACUUGCUGUUUGGAGAGGGUUUAAAUCAUUAACAUGGGGUUUCUUGGACGAGGGAGGGGGUCAACCCAUGCUGUCAAGCGAGAGGGAGGAAUCCAUGCAUCAUCGCGGAAGUCGAAUAGCGGUGACCACAGUGGAUCGAAGCGAGAUCAACACGGACGAUCGGGACGUAGCAAUAGCCGAGAACGCUCAUCGCACAGUCGAGACCGUCGUAGAAGUCGGGAUCGAUCGCGAUCACCGUUAAGAACACAGUAUUCCAAAGAUAUACCAGCCACUGAAUCUUUACGCAUUACAGUGGGUAAUGACAUCUACAAAGAAAAGUCCAGGAGUCCAUUGUCAGGAAGACUUGGUCCCCCAGUUGACCGUUCCCCAUAUGAUGAGUCUCCAAGUGAUCGUCGGAAAUCAAACUCGGAUAAUUUCAAUAGGUUUGAUAAUUAUGACCAAGAGGCCAAAUACUAUGACCAGGGAAACCGAAGACGCGACUAUGAUCAAGUAAUGGGAAGAAGUGGAGGGUAUGAUUCUAAUAGACAAAGAAGUAGAGAAUACUCAAGUGACCGAUAUGACGAACGGAACAAGGAUUUUAACAGAGAAACACGAGGCAGAAUUGACAAAUACAGUGGAGAUGACAGGUACAAAGAUGACAUGGAUCGUAGGAGAGGAAGUAGUAUUGACAGAAGAGAUAACAACAGAGGUAGUUUGGAGCGUCAGGGCUGGAUAUAAAGAACCGGAAAGUGACAGCUUUUUUAGAGACGUUGGUUCAAGACGGGAUGCUGAUGAUAGAACUGAAAGAGAACUCCUCGGUGGAUACAGAGAUUUACCAAGUAGGGAUGACUAUCAAAAUACCUACAGGCAAAAUUCAGAUGAAUUGAGACCUUCUAUUCCUCUUAUUCCACCAGCACCAAAACCUUUAAAAUCAAUUUUGAAAAAGAAGGGACCAGCAGAAGAAACCUUACCAGGUCUGGUCACAAAUCCAGUAUCAAGAGAAGAGAAGAAUUUGUUUCCUAUCAUGCGACCUGCAGAUAUUAAUCAAGAUAUAGAUUCAAGGACCCAACAGAGCACUGAAAAUACCACUCGAGGUCCUCCUUUUGACAAUCACCAAUCAAGAUCUGAGGGUAGAGGAAACUCUAGGUCUGGAUUACCAGGGAUGUCAUCUUACAUGGAUAUUGAGGAUGAGGAGAAAUUCUUGUAUGGUGAUGAUGACCAUGACUUAGAGAAAGGUAAUUCAAACAACAAGCCUGGCUCAAGACCCUCAAUAGAGUCCAAAUCUAGAUCAGAAGAUGCUUUUUACUCUGGUAUGACCGAAAGACAUUCAAGGCCAGAUUCUUAUUCUGCAGACGACCGAUUCAGCAGCAGAUUGUCAUCUGCUGAUGAACAGAGAAUGUAUACAGAUUCUCGUCUAUCACAGGAUCAAAGAAGUCAUUUAGAUUCUCGCUUUAUGGAUCAUCAAAUAGCUGAUCAGACGGUGAGACCCACUGCAGAAGAGCAACUGCGUUCGUCUGUGUCUUCUUUCCUUGAGGAUCAAAGGUUUAAGCAGAGUUCCUUCCCGCCUAUUGUAAGAGAUGUUGCCCCAGUGCAAGAAAAACCUGUUGUCGUUCAGCCUCCAGCCUUUAAAGCCGGACUUGCUAAGCCUAUUUACAUCUGGGAAUGAAAUGCCCGCUAAUCUACAACCUACACAAAUCCCUCCUACAACCCAACAACCUACUAGUCCAACCCUCCCGUAUACAAGUCAAGCUCCACCUGAAGAGCCAAAACAAAAAUAUGAUCCUACCAUUGAAAAUAUACUCAAAUCCAUAGGAUUUGACUUUGAAAUGUCAAGAAGGAUGCAGGAAAAGGCAAGCAACACCCAACCAAUUCAAAAACCAAAAAAAGAAGAGGAACAAUUUGGUAUCAAUCAGACUGCAUCUUUCUUAGAAGGAGGAAUUUCUGAUGAUAUUAAAAACAAGCUCUUCACUAAAAAAGAAGAAUCCAUAGUUGAUAUUCUGAUGCGAGAAGCAAAAGUAGGUCCAUCUAAGUCAACAGAGAGGAGAUAUGAUCAUGAAAAUGAAACUAGAAGUAGGUAUAAAAAGAGUGAACAAAAACCACCUGAACAGGAUAGAAGAUUGGAUAGUUACAACAGAGACAGAGACAGAGACAGAGAAAAAGUAAGAGAAGCAGACCACAUGGAUAGGGAAAGGAAAAAGGAAGUGUUACCGGUUGAACCAGUAAAGGAACCCUCGAGUGACCUGUUUGAAGAGUCAACAUAUGAAGAUCCUAGUCUGUCUACAGAGAGUCUAUCAUCUGGUAUAUCUUUCCAGAGACAGGUGUCACGUGCAGAUACACAAUACUCUGCCUUUAAUCAGCCAACUUCCUACUCACAGCCACAAUAUCCCCCCAAUGUGUCUGCUAACUACACAAACUCAUCAACAGCACCCCCUACACAGGUACAUCCAAGCACUGUCCCUCCUUACCCUGGAGCUGCUGUAGGGCCUGUGUAUAAUGCACCUCCUCAAUAUGGCUAUGGGCAUCCUCCCCCAGGGUUUGAGCCCAGCUCUUAUCCCAAUUAUGGAAACUACCCUCCGCAGAACGUCCCUUUUCCACCCACACAUAACCCUCCUCCUGUAUUCCAUAACCCACCUCCCUCUCAUGGUCCAUCAUUCCAAGGUCCACCACCACCACCUCAUGGCGUGCCCCCUCAAUUGAGAAAUUCAAGUGACCAAAAGUCAUCUGUAAACAAAAACAUUGACAUUUUUAAAGAAGAAAUCCAAGAAAAGAAGACAAUCACAAUUGAAAAAAAGACCAUAACAAUUUCCCCAAAGGAAACCAGCAGAACUGUUAUUCCACCAAAAAUUGAUAAACUAAAAAGUCCUCCAGAAAAACAGCCAGCAGUUUCUCCUCGAAAGAUGCUCACACCAAAACAAAGAAACAAUUUACUAAGGGAAAAGGAACACAGGCGCCAGAAAAUCGAAGCUUUGGAAGGAGAACUGGAGAAAUUACGCAAACAGCAAAAUGAAAUGAUGAGAAAGAUACGCAGACAGAAAGAUGGCCAUAAAGAUCCAGUGCUUCUACAGAAUAACAAACUACAGGAUGAUAUCUCUGCACAAAUUUCCAAACUUCGGAAAGCUGCAGAAGAAAAUUUGAUGAUUCUGAAAGAGUGUAAAAUUGAUCCUAAUCUUAAACCUGAAAGUGAAAAGGAAGAAACUGCUGAAGCAGAAAUUAAAACAAAUAAACCUCCUAAAAAGAAGGAAGAAGUGCAGAAGCGAAAGAAACCUGAGCAGGUACGAGUUAAAAGGUACGAGUUUUUUGAUCCCGGAGGUCACUGGUGUAAAAUUUGUAAUACAGAAUCGGGCAGCAUAUACAGCGUCCUGCAACAUUUACACGGGAAGAAACAUCAGCAGGCUCUGAAUCCUUACGAUCGACCAUGGGUCCCAAAGACUAUGAAGAGUCCACUAAAACAUGCCAAAAAUGAGCAUCUAGCUGUGUUACCAGUCAAAGGCCAAGAAUUCCUGGUGCCCUGUAAGGCUUUCUACUGUACCUUGUGUAAGGAGUUUGCUGGUGAUGAGGCUUGUGCUGACUUUCACAUCAAGACAGAUUCCCACUAUCAAAAUUAUCAGAAAUAUCUGGAAAUGAAUGAGUUCUAUGAGCAGAGGAGGGGACUAGAUAAGGCUACAGGUCGCUCAGGAAGCAAAGACACAAAACCUGUGAAAAAGGAAGAUCGAAAAGAGAAAAAUGAAUUGAAGAAGCAACGGGUGCAAGAGAAAGAAAAACUGUGGGAGAAACCAGUGGCCGAAUUAGCUAUGGAACAACCUGCUAAGAAACCAAAAAUGUCACCAAGUGAACCGAAAGAUAUUAAGGCAGUUAAAUCUGGUGAUGGAUUUGGCAAGUUUUCUUUCUCUUCUGGCGACAAAGACAAAGCCAAGAAUUUAUCUAGUGGUGACAAAGAAAAAGUUAAGAAAGAAGAGGAUACCAAUGAAGAACCGGAGAAGAAAGAAGGUGAAGCCACUCAAGAUAGCAAAAGCAAGAUUGCCAUUAACAUUGUCAAUAAGAUGGGUAUAAAACCUGUAGUACCAGCUGUUAAAAUCCCCACGAAGAAAAAUCCAUUGCUGCCUCCUUGGACUCCUGUUUCAAAACCAGAUAGCCAGAAACAGACAGCUGGGGCAUGUAAGGUUGAAGCCUUCCCUCUGCGGAAAGGUACAGGAAAAACAGAGCAUGGAGGAGGGAAGCCUUCUUCGCUGGACAUGUUUUUAACACUAGAAGAUAAAUCAAAACCAUUACCAGUAAUGAAGGACAAGCCAAAGGUGACAGCACAGGAUAUUCUCAAGGCUUUCACAGGAAAACUCAAGGAUGACAACACCGGACCAACAGAAAAGAAAAACCCGACUGAUGAAAAUAAAGAAAAAGUAUUAUCAUCGAAGAAAAAGGCAGAGCUGGAGGAUAUGAAAAUGCUUGGUAUAGACCCUUCUUUUGAGAGACCAUUGGCGGAGAAGAAAGCACCACCUCCACCUUCCCAGAACCUUUCCCUGCCUCCAAGCCAACAAAAACAGUCUGGGGUUGUAGAUAUUCAGGAAAAAGGUAAGUCAGAUCCUUUGCCAGUGAUGGACAUGGACAUCCCGCUGCCACCGAUGGAACCAUCUAAGGAACGUAGUGCUGAUAAGGUGAAUGAGAAAGAAAUAAGUGCUGGUUCUGGAGACAUCAGUAAGGACUUGCCCAUGGAUAUUGGUGAUAAUGUACCAGUGCUGGGAAAAACUAACGAAACAACACCAGCAGAAUCUAAAGAAACAGUACAGACUACAGCGGAAUCGGAGGACAUUGAUGACGGAGCCAGCGACUGCAGUGAAUUUAGUAUGCAGAUGGGCAGCGACUUUGAAGUUGUGGAUGAGUGUGAGGCAGAUGAAUCAUAGUUACCUCCUUUCUAUCGGAGUUGUGUUGUGACAAUGCAUUCGAGUUUGCAGCAAGAAUUUGAUAUAGUGACCAUGGAGGUUUUUAUGUACAAGUUGUGGACAUUUUAUUCAAUUUAAAAAAUGUGGAGUUUUUAUUCCAAGCUGUGAUCUUGACUGUUAAAGAUUUAUAUAAGUCAUGGAAAUGUAGAUAUACUUCUUAAUGAUAAUAAACCUAGAGAAAUAAUUGGAAGGUUAUGAAACGGGAUUCGUUUCUUUUCCAAUUUCUCAUAUCAAAUUAACAAUUGCACGAGGCUUUGUGUUGACUGUUGCUGAAGUGGAAGUGAACAUUCACUUCAAAGAUUUUGUAAAAUGCACAAAUUCAGAGAGUUAAGAAAUUGUAGUAACACUUGGAAUGCUAAGCAGAUGUGUUACCAAGAAGUAACUCCAGAAGAAGAAAGUCCCAUGAUUCAUCAAUUGUGUUCAUUUCAUUCAUAUGUCUUAUAAAUUUCAUUUUAUCUCUUUUAUUCUGUUGUGAAAUAUUUUAAGACAAUUUAAAGACAAGUGAACAGACUAUUGAGCAACAAUCACUCUAAUUAAUAAUUUCUCAUCAUGCUUAUUGCAUCAAAUGCAUGCAUUUAAUUGUUUUAAUGUGAAUAAUCUUCAUUUAUACAUCAUUAAAAUUGCGGAACUGUCAACUAGAUUUAUACAGUUUGUACAUGCAUAGGUACACAAAUUGAACAAUAUAUAAAGAAAUCAUCAGGAAAGACUUGUAUUGUCAUAUACUGAUAAUUCCAAUGCACUUCAUGGACACACUACUUAUAAGGUUAUAAUAAAAUGUUUUACAGUGAAGAAGAUGAUACAGUUUGUCAGUGUUAUAAUAAAAUGUUUUACAGUGAAGAUGA